UUUUCAACACAUUUUUGCGAUCAAAACCCUAAAAAAUGGGUGGAAGAACGGACGGAAGUGGCGGAGGAGGUAAAGAGAAAGAGGAAGAGCAAGACGGUUUAUCCGUACACUCUCCCUGUAAAGCUUUACCUUCCUCCGCUUCCUCUCUCUCCAAGGAGCAGUCUCAGGUUGAAUUAGAGCUCAGGUUAUUAGAAGCUCUUGAAAUCUAUCCUCCUGUCAAACUCCGAGGGAUACAUCGCCACUUUGUUCUUUAUGGUCUGAUGGAGUAUCUCGGAAGAAGCUUUGACCGACCGUUCACAGCAGAUCAGGUUCUGCAACUACUCGACCGUUUCUACAACAUCGAGAUGCUGAAAUCAGAUGAUGAGGACAUAGACAUUCUGAAUCACGAGGAAGACUUUACCUUGCCGCAGAGUUACUUUGAUAAGGAAGAAGAAUGACAGAGCAAGAAGAAAAGAUCUUUGACAAGGAAGAAGAAUGACAGAGCAAGUAGAAAAGAUCUUUGCUUCAUUCAUCUUCUCCCAUCUUUUUGUAUAUGGUUAGGUUUGUCUUCAGCUCGUAUGAUAAGUUUUUUUCUGUAUAUUCUGCAGUUUUAAUGUCAAUAAAACCAUCAGGAUCAAUGGUCUUUUUUUACUCUGCCGGGAGAGUUAAUAAUCAUAACAAGCUUUUUGCUCUU